AUAGAUCAAAUCACUUUUCUUCCCUUUUCGUUUUCGAAAUCAUCUGCUUCUCCCUUCCUCUCUCGGUGACCCCUUUCUCUUCUGUUUUUCUUGGGGUCGCCUAAAAUCACCAAAAAAAAUUUUAAAAAAUUGAAAAACCUCAAAAUUCCUAUUGGAUUUCUAAAUUAUUAAUCAAAUUUAAUCCCUACAAAUAGUUUUUUUUAAUAAAAUUUUUGAAUAUAUUUUUCAACCAUGUCGGAGAUGGCGAACACGGAUCCCGAAGGGAUUGACGCCGUGCGGAUGACGUGGAACGUUUGGCCACGCACCAAAGUCGAAGCUAGCAAGUGUGUGAUCCCGUUGGCGGCUACCAUCGCUCCGAUCCGUCCUCACCCGGACAUCCCGACGCUCCCUUACGCGCCUCUACGGUGCAGGACGUGUUCAGCUGCGCUCAACGCCUUUGCGCGUGUUGACUUAGUUGCCAAGAUCUGGAUCUGCCCUUUCUGUUACCAGCGGAACCACUUUCCGCCUCACUAUGCUAUGAUCUCCGAAACGAACCUCCCGUGCGAACUCUACCCGCAAUACACCACCGUGCAAUACACGCUCCAGCCGGACCCGAACAACCCUUCCAGUGCUCCUCAAUUGCCGCCGGUGUUUGUAUUUGUGUUGGACACUUGCAUGAUCGAGGAAGAACUUGAGUUUGUGAAAUCGGCGAUGAAGCAGGCAAUUGGGUUAUUGCCGGAAAAUGCGCUUGUUGGGUUCGUUUCGUUUGGGACUCAAGCUCAUGUCCAUGAAUUGGGGUUUUCGGAUAUGUCGAAGGUCUAUGUUUUCAGGGGUAAUAAGGAAAUUACUAAGGAGCAGGUGUUGGAGCAGUUGGGUCUUGGAGCUGCUGGCCGGCGGCCGACUGCCGGGUAUCCUAAAGGCCUACAGAAUGGGUUCACAAAUACCGGCGUUAACAGGUUUUUAUUGCCUGCAUCAGAUUGCGAAUUCACACUGAAUUCGUUGUUGGAUGAGUUACAAACGGAUCAAUGGCCAGUUCAAGCGGGGCAUAGAGCGUCAAGGUGUACCGGAGUGGCCUUGAGUGUUGCAGCUGGAUUGCUUGGAGCUUGCUUGCCUGGUACUGGUGCUAGGAUUGUUGCUUUGGUUGGUGGUCCAUGUACUGAAGGGCCUGGGACGAUUGUAUCAAAGGAUUUGUCAGAACCUGUACGUUCCCAUAAAGAUCUUGAUAAGGAUGCUGCACCUUAUUUUAAGAAAGCUGUCAAAUUUUAUGAUAGUCUUGCCAAGCAGUUGGUCAGCCAGGGUCAUGUACUCGACCUUUUUGCAUCUGCACUUGAUCAGGUUGGAGUUGCUGAAAUGAAAGUUGCAGUUGAAAGGACAGGUGGCCUUGUUGUUCUAGCAGAAAGUUUUGGUCAUUCUGUAUUCAAAGACUCUUUCAAGCGUGUGUUUAAGGAUGGGGAGCAGACUCUUGGCCUAUGUUUUAAUGGCACACUCGAGAUCAACUGUUCUAAAGAUAUCAAGAUUCAGGGGGUUAUCGGGCCUUGCACUUCUUUGGAGAAGAAAGGACCUAACGUUGCUGACACAGUCAUUGGGGAGGGGAACACUACAGCAUGGAAAAUGUGUGGUCUUGACAAGAGUACUUGCUUUACGGUUUUAUUUGAUGUUUCAUCCUCUGACAAAUCAAAUGCUCCUGGAGUUGCAAAUCCACAGCUCUAUUUGCAGUUUCUUACAAGCUAUCAAGACCCUGAGGGUAAAACAAUGCUCCGAGUUACGACUGUGACUAGACAAUGGGUAGACAGUGCUGUUAGUUCUGAGGAAUUAAUACAAGGCUUCGAUCAAGAGACUGCGGCUGUUGUAAUGGCAAGAAUAACUUCCCUGAAAAUGGAGAUGGAGGAGGGGUUUGAUGCUACAAGGUGGCUAGACCGGAAUCUCAUUCGACUUUGUUCCAAAUUUGGCAACUACAGGAAGGACGAUCCAUCAUCUUUUACAUUAAACCCUUGUUUUUCUUUGUUCCCUCAGUUUAUGUUUAAUCUGCGGCGGUCACAAUUUGUACAAGUUUUUAACAACAGUCCAGAUGAAACUGCCUAUUUUCGCAUGUUACUAAACAGGGAAAAUAUUACAAAUGCUGCUGUUAUGAUCCAACCGUCAUUAAUAUCAUAUUCAUUCAACUCACUGCCCCAACCAGCAUUAUUGGAUGUGGCUUCCAUUUCGGCUGAUCGUAUUCUCUUGCUGGAUUCAUAUUUCAGUAUUGUAAUUUUCCAUGGCAUGACAAUAGCUCAGUGGCGCAACAUGGGUUACCAGAACCAGCCUGAACAUCAGGCAUUUGCACAGCUUUUGCAAGCACCCCAGGAUGAUGCACAAAUGAUUAUUCGCGAACGCUUCCCUGUCCCUAGAUUGGUUGUAUGUGAUCAGCAUGGAUCCCAGGCAAGAUUUUUAUUGGCAAAAUUGAACCCAUCAGCAACAUACAACAAUGCCAAUGAAAUGGCUGCCGGUUCAGAUGUAAUCUUUACGGAUGAUGUAAGCUUACAAGUGUUCUUUGAACAUCUCCAAAGGUUGGCUGUACAAUCUUAAUAUAGAAAAAAUAGUCGAAAGGAAGACUCAGGUAUUUCCGGUAUGGUAUGAAAAAUUCAUUCAAUACGAGUUAUGUAUCCUGUCUUACAUUCUCUCUUCCAUUUAGUUCUUUUUUACCUUUUCUUUCCAUCAAUUUUAUGAAUGAGACGACGAGCCCCAUGACGAUAUUUGAAAAAAAUAAGUUUUAAGGAUGGCAAAUAAGGGAUGCAGCAGAUGAGGUCAGUUUGAGUUAUAUUUUUUUGGUUUAGAAUUAUAGGGAAAGGAAGGUAUUGAUGACAGUAUUUUCAAUUAGGAAUAUAUUGUGACGGUAUAUUUUUUUUGGUUUUGUUUUUAAUUGAAUCAGGGGAGAGUGGAUGUGUGUUUGUGUACUGAAUUUAAGGUUAUAUAAUAUAAUGACAUUAUUGGGGUUUAAA